CGGGCAUUAAUGGCAAACGCCUAAUGAAGAACGGCCAUUCCCUGGCUCGAUAAAUUACCCCGAAGGAGAAGAAAAAAGGGACUUUCUAACGGACCGACACAUACACUCGUCCUCACAGGAAACGCGACACAAUAGCCACCAUGAACAGAUUCCGUCCCAAAAAGAAGGUGAAGGAAGAUACUGCCUCCGCGCCGAGGGCUUCCCACGAGUCUAAAUCUCCUAUACCCUUUCGCUUGUUCGGCAAGGGGAAGAAAUCCCAAGAAGAGGAGCCGAAAAAGGAGCUUGACCUGGAAAGGGCCUUGCCGCCGAGCGAUGAUUUCCGGACGAGUUUGCUAAUGACGGGCCUCUCUGCACGAUUCUCUAUGCUCAGAGAACAAGACGACCCGAACACCAAGAUUGGCAAGGCCAGCGACGACAACGUCUUGUUUCCUAACCGGCAGUCGAGGCUGAUGGAUUUCGACUUGGGUGCAAGCGCCAAUGGACUUUCAGUUAUCGCCGAGGUCGAGUCCAUCAGGAAAGAGGCAGCACCCUUUACCAGGAUGGACUCGUACCACUCCGCAGACGCCAGCUCAAUCUCGGGAAGCGUUAUGGACCGAGCCAAGCCUGGUGAAGGCAACAACCUGUUCGGCGGACGACAGAAGGUUUAUAAGCUUCCCUCCGGAACCGCAUCUUCGAAAAACCUCGAGGGCGGCGGUAUGAGUAGGCGUGUCCUCUGCGACGACGACAUUUCCAAGUCGGCUUUCCAAAGAUGGAGACAAGCUGAGAAAUCCAAAAUGGCAUUUAAUGAUAAACAAGACCAGAUACGGUCGAGUAUCGACCUAACGCGCGCCGAGUCUCCCCCGCCCACGGGCUACAACAGCAAGCGGGAGACGAACUCGAUAAUAUCGUAACUCAACCCCCCCACAUCCGAAACACCCCCGCAUCCGAAACACCCCAUUUCUCCUCCUUCACCACCAUCACCGCCUUUUUCAAACUAUUAUAACAAUU